UCUCAUCAAUGGUCAGCCCGACGGUGCGUAGCCUAAGUGUUUGUAUGGAGUGACUAAUGUGGUUUGGGACCUCGAGACAACCCACAGACCGGUGAUCCUAAUUGGCAGUCACAUUGUCAUGUCAAGUUGAAAAAAAAAAAAGAAAAAAAAAAAGUUGCAAAUUGUCCUUUCUCCCGAAAUUACAUUUAGAGGAAAGUUCCAUUUGAGGUGUAUGUGUGUGACUCGUUCAUCGAUGAGGAAGGAACUGUACUAUUAUAUCCCGGGAGGAAGGGUUGAUGACGUCUGUGGCAUACUUAAUGUGACUUAUUGAAAAAAAGCAAGACUCCCUAUUCAUGGAUAAAAAUCCGAGGAAAUCGGAGCACAGCAGAAAAGUUUUGUAAAAGGACAUGUAGACAAACGAGUGCUGCUGAUUUCACCGAGGUUUUGUUUGCAAAAGUGAUUUUGUGUAUAUUGGUUAUUGUAUAAAAGUGCAGGGGUUGAACCGACGAGCACAUAAGCAAAGGACGGUGGCGCUUCAGGGAAGAGGUGCUGUGAGGAAGAUCUCUAUCUCUCUCACACAACCAUAGCCGCACCCGAGUCGCAUCCAACAGCAUUUCUAUCUACCUACUCUGCAAUAGCAUGGCCAGAUCUAGUAAAGCGACUUUAGCGUUGCUCAUCUACGGAAUCAUGAUGCACUACAGCGCCUACUGCACGCCUAUUGGGAUGGCUUUUCCUAAGAUGAGACUAGACAACGAUGUAUUUGACGAAGACGGAAACUCGUUAAGCGACCUGGCUUUUGGCACUGAUCAAAUUGCUAUACGAAGUCCUCCUUCUCUUACGGAUGACCUAUACACGCUAUACUAUCCUCCAGAGAAAAGAACGGAAAGGCAUGCAGAUGGAUUAUUAGAUAGAGCCUUGAGGGACAUCCUGGUUCAGUUAUCAGCACGAAAAUAUCUGCAUUCUCUGAUGGCAGUUCGCGUAGGCGGAGGAAGCAGCGAGGAAGACGAAUCGGAACCAUUAUCAAAAAGGCAUUCGGAUGGGAUCUUCACCGACAUUUACAGUCGCUACCGAAAACAGAUGGCCGUCAAGAAGUAUUUAGCAGCCGUCCUGGGAAGAAGGUACAGACAGAGAAUUAAAAACAAAGGACGUCGAUUUGCUUAUUUGUAGCGCUGACAAAACUGCCCCCAACUGCCCCUCCAUGUGUACAUUCAGUCCUAAGAUCAAAGUCAUUCUGAUAUAACUGAUUAAUCAGUGGAUCGCGCCUGUGUUCUUUAAACAUGUAUUUAUGUAUGAAGUAAAGCCAUUAAAAUGAAUAUUUUACUAAUAACAUUGUUUUUCUUUUUGUACAAAAGCACUUGAAACCGCACAGUUAUACUUUGUGGACCAACCUUCAGUUUCAUGUAUAUAGCUAUAUAUGUUGAAAACAAAAGAAAACAAAAACCAUCAGGAGAAAAAAAAAAAAAAAAAAAGAUGAAAAAAAAAUGUGCACCUUGAACGUUAUGCGCCUGAUAUCUUUUCAAAUUCAUCAUCAUAUGCAGAAAAUAAAUAGAUUUUAAAAAGACAAUCAAAGUUCUGAAUGUUAUACUUAUUUUUGUAAUCUGCUAAAAGAAUAGAGUCUUAUUUUAUCCAAAGUCUGCCCAGGGAUGUAUGGGACAUACUCUGUAAAGUACAGGGCUGUUUCAACUGUUGUGACUCCCCCCUAAAAGCAGGAGUGGGAGAGGGAUAUUUAGUAGCUGGCACGAUUCCCUCUUUCUUAGCCCACUCAUUUAUGAACUGUACUUCAAAUCACCUGUCUUCUCCAGAUGGAAUGUGAUUGUCCUGCCUGUGUUUGUGAUUGGAGCCAGUAACCAGUAUGCCUGACUGGAAAAAAAUGACACUGGAGUAACAUGUUUUUUUUCUUGAUGAAUUUUCUUUCAAUUGUUUCUUUUUUUCUUCAUCAUCUCAGUGCAUGGUAUACUUAUAAUGUAUACAUGCAUGUCCUUUGUUUCCCAUCCAUUAUCAUUGUAUUGGUCCCUCUAUCAGAAACUACACUAGAUCCGCCUCUGUGGAAGCAGGAGUAUUUUUUUUUAAUCAAAUCGAAUUGAAAAGAAUUGAACAAGCACUAACAUUCAAAUGCAUUCUCCAUUGAGCUCCUAAAACGUUUUGUGGAAUUGGCGUGUCGGUCUCUCUCUCAGUUCUUUGCAUGCUUUCAAUGCCCUUUGACCGAAUUUUGAAGCUGUGAAUGCUUUAGUAUGCAGUUAGGCUAGAGUAGCAAGUCAUUGGAUGACAUAAUGAUCUUCUGACGCCGCCCCAAUUUUAAAAUUCUCUGUGUUAUAAUGUGCCAGUUAAGAAAUGAAUGCAGUGGAUGGUCCCCUCAUGCCCAUGACUUGAUAGUGAACCUUCUUCAGUGGCGCGAUCGCUCUUUAAUAGAUAGGACGAAGUAUGCUUAACGGUUUCAUUCAUCGCCUCAUCAUAGAUCUAGAAAAAAAUCAAUCGUGUUAUCUGUAAUUGGUGCUGAUGACUGAGGGAAUGUGAGGCUGAGAGAACGGGGAGGCCAACGAAAGCGAAGGGGGAGGUCCUUGUGAACUUCAACGUGACCAUUGUCAUAUUCAUUAUCCUUACUGCCAGAUAGUGCUUUUGCAUGUUGAAGAUAGCCUUUCUCUUGUAUGUAUAGAUGAGGAACACUACACCCAUCGCCCUUAGGGAGGGACACACUGCAAAAUCAUCUAUUUGUUGUUGUUGUUUUUUUUUUGUUUUGUUUUUAAAUCAUGUAUUUUGGUUAAAGCCUGUAUUGAAUUCAGUAUAUUUCUCCUGAUAUGGAAAUCAGGUCUUAUUCAUCCACUAAUUCAAUAUGUAAACCGUUGUCCCAGGCAUGAAAUCAAUCUUUCUUCAAUUUGGCAUUGUCCCCCAGGCUUUAUGUGAGUAUGGAUGCGGCUCUGAUAGUGUUAUGCGAGGAGCGCGUGUGGAAGGGCGGGAGGUGGGUGGGAGAGCGAAUGCGUGCGUGAACAUAAUGAUGUUAUGAAAGAUGAUAUGGGUUUUGGCUUAGGUGCCUUGUGACAACUUACGAUAAAAAAAUCGCCACUUAUCACGGAUGGCAAUUUUAGUGGCCCUACAAUGCUGCAAACUAUUAGGUUCCAUUUCAUGAACUCCAUCUUUACUUUUCCUCUCCUUUUCUUUUCGAAACUUGGUUUCAAACCUAAUUCUUUAAUUAGAGCUGAAAAGCAUGGCCAGCAUAUAUUGUGAUCAAAUCUAUUACUGAAGUGGUGUACAUGGUAAAAGUAUUAAUUGUCUGGAUUGUUUAAGCUGAUGAAUGUGUGUAAAUGUGGCAAGCACGUGUUUCUGUUUAGCUCUACUCAUUGUAGCUCAAGGUCCAUGAAGCCUAUAGCUAGGUUUUGUGUUGUUUCCUGUUGCAUAGCUUGAGGGUUUUUUGACAACGAUUGGAAAACCUGACAGAACCCAGGCCACAGCACAGCCUGUUGUGUACAUUUCUGAAAGCGCCGAAAGCCUUAAUGUGAACGUUUUAUCUAUACCUGAAACAUUAUAUAUGUGACAAGUGAAUAUUAGCGAGUGACAUCAUCCUAUAUUAACACAUAUAGCUCCUUAGGGGGUGACAUUUUUAAAUGUUAAAAAGUGUUGUAAGAUUUGUAUGAAUAAAUUUUUGUAAACAACACAA